CGGCGGCGCGCCGCCCAAUCGAUAAAAUAACGCUUCGCAUCUAAAAACAAAUCUAAACACUCGAAUACUACAAUUGAUCGUGCAGGAUGUAUAUCCUACUACACCUUGGACAUUAGUGUACAAAAAAGUGCCGGCCGCCACCGCCAAGACCGAUCGCUUAGACAUUACCUUGGCGAGGCUGCCGGUGAUAUGGGGAACCAUGGUGUUGUGAAGUGAAACUGUAGUGGUAAUAAAAGAAGAUGGCGGCGCCAGCUCCAGCGGCGUCGUGCAUGAGCACCGAGCAUGGCUGCGUCAUGUUCGACUGUCUUGUCCACCUGUGGGAAUGGCUUGACCCACCAGUUGUGCAGUCGCAAUAUCCAAUGGAGAAUAAAAAGCAAGCCCCGGCGACCCAGCAGCCGCUCACACAACAACAUCUAAUGGCUCAUCAUGUCCAUCCAGACCAGAUAUACGCCACUCAGAACACACAGCUCGCUGCGCACCUCACGUCCGCGCAGGCUGGCCAGAUACAGCCUAAUGGCGUCAUGCAUCAACUCCUCCAAAGUCAAUACCAUUCAAACAUGAAUGCGCGGUCGCCGCUUCUCGAAAACAGACACGACCUUUACGGCACAGGACACAACCACGAAUACGCGAGGCAUUAUGGAGCCAACGACAAUUACUACCCACAGUCGCCGCCCAGAAUGGAACGCAACGAAGUGCACACAGACCACAACGUCAACCACGAACUACUACAAAACAUCCCAAAAGGAUACAACGCGGAAGUGUAUCAGGACUAUUUAAAACGUAACCCACCGAGAGAUACCAAUCAAAUAUACCAAAAUCAUCAACCUAUGUAUAGACCUAAUGUAAAUCAGUAUGGAUCUAAGCCGUAUUUGCCAUAUUCAAGUAGAAUAGGACCACAGAGUAACACAGAAAUAUUACGGAGACAGUAUAAUGAGAUUCAGCAAAUGAAGCUACAGCAGCAACUUCAUUACCAGAAUCAGGCGCAAAUGCAACAACAACAGAAGUUUGCGGAGCGACAGUUGCUGCUUCAGCAAAUUCACGGCGUUCAACCACCGCCUAACUUGCAAAAUAGUAUAUAUUCCGACGAAUCUUACAGAGACCUAGAUCGAUACGGUAGUAAAAAUGACUUUAAAGAAUAUAGCAGCCCUGAUUUGCAAAAAGAUAUAGACAGGUAUGCCAAAAAUAAUGAGUACAGAGACAUUGAACAACAAAAUAGGCAUUACGCUGAAUCACAGUGGCAGUCGAAUCAACAGACUGAUUUUAGGGAAAUUGAAAGACAAAGACGACAGUCUGAAGGUGAUAAAGGGAAGAGCCAGUCUCCGCCGUCAGAUUUAAAUAAUCAAAGUCAGAAAAAUAAUAUUGGCGUUAUUUCACCUAUGAAGUCCAGUGAAUCGAGCUCCCCUAGUGUGAAGUCACCUUCUUCGGACAGUCGGAGAAGUAGUGGUGGAAAUCAGGCACUACGUUCGCCCAUUGCGCAGAGGAUACCUACAGCACCGGUAACGAUGUCGGGUAUUCUCUACAAGCAAGGUUCUGACGGACUUAAAGUUUGGAGGAAAAGAUGGUUCGUGUUAUCGGAGUAUUGCCUAUUUUAUUACAAAAGUCAAGACGAAGAAAAACUUCUAGGUUCGGUGCUUCUACCAUCUUACAAAGUUUCUGCUUGCACAGCGGAGGAUAAAGUUUUAAGGAAAUUCGCCUUCAAACUAGAGCACGCCAAUAUGCGGACUUACAUACUGGCUGCACCGGAUCAAGAGUCCAUGUUGAAUUGGGUCAAAUCGUUGACUAUGGCCGCUCUGAUGCAAAGUCCCAACGAGCAACCACAAAAGCAAAGUGACCGUACAGCUGCGAAAACAGAGGAAGGUGAUGACAUACCGACUUAUGCUAAUGCCCCACCAAAACCGAGACGGUCCAACGAAGGAUACAACUCGCCCAGCCCAGACAUGUACGAUCCAAAUUACGAUCUACUAAAAAAGCCAGCUUCAUCUCACUACAGUCAAGGCCCUAACCAUCCUCGUUACCAGGAACACACAAAUUAUGGAAGCCCUAAUCAAGAGAGCACAUACACUCUUAGCCCGCAGUCACCUCCUCCUCAGCAGCCUAUGUAUCAAGCAAAACGACCUUAUGACUCACACAAUUUAUCUCUCCCUCUGACUAACUCUGCAAAUGAUAGACAAGAUAACAAUCAACCUAACACAUCAAAUAUGUACAGAUCUAAUCCGCAGUCGCCUUACUUUAAUAAUAGGACAAGAAACCAGCAGCAACAACAGGUACCACAAGAAAUGAAACAAGAUCAGAUAUACGACCGACAACCGCAACGCAAUCCUUUCCUCCAAGACAACACACCACAGAUGGAAACACCACCUAAAGAAAAUGAAGCUCAAAUUAAAAAUAAUCGAAUGCAUAUGGAGCAGGAUAGGAUGCAACAAAAUUAUAAUAAUGAAACAUACGGCGAAACACGUUCUAACCAGAAGAUAAAUGCAGAAAUGAAUCCAUACAACAGAGAGGUUUACGGAGAAUUGAAUUCAAGGCCAAAUAAAGUGCAAGCUGGAAUAAAUGAACGGCUGCUUAUUGAAAGAAGAACACCUGAUGCUUACGGAAGAUCUAAUACUAUGGCCGCUUAUAAUAAACCAGGUCCAAAGGUUGGAGAUUAUGAAGACGUCUAUGGAACUUACGCUGUUGAAAAUGAGUACGGAAAAGCGUAUGCCAAAUCGCCAAACACAACUCAGUCUAACCAUCAACAAUCAGCAGAAUAUGGCACGGCUUAUCCCCAGGAGAAAACCUUUAGCGGCCCUGCAAUUUUAAGGCGAAAGAAAAUGCAAUCCAGUGGAAUACAACCUCCUAUGCCAAGACCUCAUAGCGCCGAUUUCUUGGAAUACGAAUCCAAGAAUGAAAUGUUGAAUAAAACGAUGCCAACUCGGACUACGGCCGACCCGCCCAAGCAACCGCAACGACCUAAAUCUAGUCUCGAUAUAAACUCGUACUACGACCCUAGUUCAGAUAGAUAUUAUUCUGAAGAGAGCUACGCAGAGAAAAUGCGACAGUCCGCGCAGUAUUUGCAAGCAGGAAUGGCGCCAAGAAAUAUACAAAUACCAUUAGCGAAGUAUGCAAGCGGGUUAGCCGAAAAGCAAUUAAGCUCAGCAUAUUCACAGAUCACUAAUAAUAAUUACGAGCCGGAGUUUAGUGCUAACAAGGUUCCUCGCGAAAACGCUAGUUUCAGUGCAAAGUAUGGAGAUCUAGAAGGGCUAAAUUCAAAUUGGACUUUGAAAGAGAAAAAUCUUGAAAACCAGAAGGAAUAUUUGUACAGAAGUGGAAGUGUUAUGAGCGAUGGUUCCAAUGUUAGCGCGUAUACUAAGGAUAUGAAUCGGUUUGAACAAUCAGCGGACAGUUUUAUGCGUUCGGCUAGUGCACGGCUACCAUCAUCUGGUAAUGAAAAAGAGGGCGAAAAGAAAGUUCAACAGGUAAAUGAUUAUCCCAGAGAAGAAUCAAUGAAACGUUUGCUGGAGUGGAAGCAAAGAAUGCUUCAGUCUCCUUUGACGAGAAAGAGCACACCAGCUACGAUAUCGUUGGCUCGAUCUCUAAAUCAAAGUCGGCAGUCCUUGAGAUCGGAUCAGUACAAGUCUAAAACGUAUACAAACGCUUCAUAUAACAGUUACUCUUCGGACGAUGAAGCUUCUAUGACAAUGGCAGGCACAAAUAUGGAUCCAGGCUCAAAUAAUAAUACAGUAAAUCAGCAAACAUUGUCAAAGAAAGCAUUUCUCGGAAGUAACACAUCAAUAGGAAGGACUAAUAGAGACACCAAUAUACCAGUACGUGCUGUGAGCCCCAGAGUGAGAUGGGUGGAGGAAAAACCAAUCAAUGACACUUAUGGGUCACAACAGAUGUCUAAUUCACAACAAAAUUUACAUACAUUAACGGCUACUGAGGACUCUUGGGCAACUGCUCGAUCCCCAUCUAGAGCUUCACAGCAGCCUAUACGAGCUGUUAGUCCCAGAGUUCGACGGAAUACAGAAAAUGAUGACUUGCAAAGGGAGGGUCGUCGUCAAGGUGAUCAGUUGAGCGAAGUCCCCACAGCUGGGGAGCUUUUGGGUCGGACUCAUGAAGAGCUGGUGCUUCUUCUCAUCCAGUUGAGACGACGUCAUGCAGCAACCCAUCGCGCUAUUGAACAAUGCCGUGCUCAGAUCAGUAGCAUAGAGGACAGCCUCAGCUCUCUCAAAGCAAUGGAAAGAGAAGAGAACUUGCAACGCUUGGAACAACUGCGGAUGCAGCUAAUGGAACUGGAGCACCAAUAUGAGAAGAGUAAACCACUGGUUCAACUGGUGGACAACAUGGUGAAGCUAGGAUCGCUGUACAAUCGGCCUGGUUCAACUGUAGAAAGGCUGGAGAGGAACCAGAGACUUCGGCAGAAGGUCCUAGCUGAACACGCUUUGGAACAACAACGGUGGUUGGAAAGUGCUGCUGCAGGGAAGCCUUUGGAGACUGAAGCAGCAAGGGCAAGAGUGGCAGAAUUGUGGGCUUUGGAGCAAGAGCUAGCAGACGAGGCGGCCAUUCUGCAAGGCUUGAAGACUGAUAAGGACGCUAUAGAAUCCUUGCUGACUGGUGUUCGCGGCAAGCUAGACAGUGUGCCUCGAGGAGACUUACCCCCCCGCGUGGUCAACCAACCCCCGCCUCAGGCCCCGGGCCUCGAGGCAGAACUGGCCAGAGUGCACGCUAUGCUGGCACACAAUUCUAAGAAACUCGAGCAGACCGUGGCAGACAACGCCCGCUUGGAGCGGGAAUUGCAGCAGCUACGUCGCGCUUUGCAGGCCAGGCGUGCUGCGGUCCCAGCUCAUCCGACUGCUAUGCUAGAAGAUGAGGUGUCCCGCGUACAACAGCUGGUGUCGGCGCUACAGCGGCAGCGACAAGAGCUCAGCCGCGCCGUGCGCCACCUCACGCAGCAGUCGCACGCGCUGCAGACAACGCACGACUCCAUGCCUGGCAAACGCCGCCCCCAGUCAUCUUGGCAAGAGACGAACCUCGACACUGGCCACACGAUCGACCACGGCCAGUCCGACUACGACUAUGAGAUGACGGGCCCUCUACUACCACCAGGCCACUACGACCACAAUAUGGAGACGCCUCUGUACGUGGACACGAGGGCUGGUGGAGGUGACGUCAUCUCCCCGCUGAACAGCGAGGAUAUGCAGCAUGGUGGGUUUGGAAACCUGUCCAACGUAGAGAAGCAAGAGAUCAAAACGGUCCGCAUAGUAAAGAGGGAGAGCGAACGUCGCCAGAGGGACAGGGAGCGGUCUCUUCAACCGAUGUCUGACUGGCCGAAUCACAACAUCACAGCCAACCUCGACCAGUUCAUCGAAGAAGAGCUAGUCACAUCCUUGAACUACGCCAGAACUUCCUCCGUUCCGAUGAACGAUUACAACAAACUCGAGGAUUACUGCAACAAGCAAAGAGUUCAGCAAGAACCACCGAACUACCUCCGUCUGAACGAUAGAAAUAUGGAGCUCAGUCCCAAAUAUCCCUCAAGUCCUUCUCUCUCCAAUUACGACUAUUCCCGAGACAUGUCGUCUUUAAGCAGUAGUUACCAGAAGAGUUACGAUAGAUCUCUCUACGAUAGGACAGUGUCUUUGUCCACCCAGUACCUGAACAGCCCGACGGAUAGCUCGAGGACGUUGACUAACGACCCGAUGUCUAAGACCAGUAGUAUAGUCAGCCUGACGAGGUCCCAUAUGGAGCUGUCGCCGAUCUUCAAGAGCGAGGCGGCGAAGCAGAUAAUCACGGAGAUGUCAGGGGAGCCGAAGACCGGGUCGCUGCAUCGGAGGCAGGUGCCCAAGGAGAAGAGGCGCCAUUACACUGCGCCUCACCAUCUGAGCGCGAAGACUCUGAACGAGCUGCCGAAAGAUGCAUACAAUCAAGACAAAAUGGGCCGUUCCCUCGACGACGCGGACAUGGAGCGCGCGCUGCGCACUGCGCCCGCGCCUGACGUGGUCCGCUCGGCGUUGCCAGCGCAGGCCACUCGCCUCGCAGACUCCACCAUCGACCAGCUGCUGGCCGCGCCGCAGAAGAUACUCAUCCCGGAGCGGUACAUCCCCGAAAAGCCUCCAGAACUGUCUCCGGAAGAACAGCAGAAGCGUCAAGAAAAAGUGGAAUCCAUCAAGAAGAUGCUCACGAGUUCCUCAGCUGAUCCGAGCAAGAGCCCGGACUGCGAAGAGAAGCGGCAGCGGGAGCACUUGCUCCAAAUGAACCAGAUUCUCGCCAAGCAGGUCACGGAGAUGAGCAAGAUCAUCGCAGUGAAAGCGUUAGAAGAGCUGCCACAAAACACUAAUGAUGACUUGGACGACCGGUCACCAGACGUCGAACUACCAAUUUACCAACAAAGAGACAAUUUCUUCACUUAGAAUAUUCGUGAUUAGUCUUGAAUAAUAACCACACUUAUAUGGAAAAUACUUGACAAUGCAUUUGUAAUAAUGGAAAAAUAUCAGAGGCAACAAGUAAUUACCCAAGAAACGCCUCAAGGUACACAUUAUAUUUAUCAAAUGCAGCUAUAUCACCUUAAAAGGACCCAUUUUUAUCAUUAAGAGCUUUGCGUGGUCCUGGUCCUAUAAUGAAUAUUUGUACGUAACUUGAUAUUAGAUAUUCAUCGACUGAUGAUAACUGAAUUUAUUCUUUGGCAAUUAUUAGUACCCUAACGAUUUUACGUGAUCUAGUGGUCACUCUUUGAAUGUGUAAUCAAAUUCUAUGGGCUUUAAUAUAUUGUAAGCGAAAGUAGUAUGUUCAAUUACUAGAAUAAAAUUGUAUUUGUAGGCUACUCAAAAUGUUUAUCUCAGUAGGGUACAAUCUUGUAAGUAAAGGAUACGGCUUUAGCGCAAAGGCCCGUAUUUCAAAACGGCGCUCAAAAUUGAAUUCAAACUCAAGCUCAUGUACAUGAAAUUCUGUCUGUAUGGCUCUUAAUAUUAAAAUUCAAACAAUCAAAGGUUUAAAUCACUCAUUGAGAUUGAGUAUAGUUUUGAGUGUCAUUUCGGAACACGAGUCAAAUGUAACGAUCUCGACUGAUUUUGAAAAUGAUUCCCCAACUGAAACUAAGAUUAAUGUUCAAAAUGAAACAUCUUUUUCAUUCACCAGAUAUAGUGAUGUAAUUUUGAAUUCGAAACUAAAUCGAUACCGUAAGCUGGCACGAACAAAUCUGAAAAUUCAAUUAUUUUGUUCUUCCAUUAACGCUUUCUGUGACAGUGAAUUGCUAUAGCAGUCAAAACAAUUAAACUUCUAUUGUGUCUGGGUUACUGUCCUUGAAAGUGUUAAUCUGAUUUUUUACCUUUAACACAGUUAUUAUAUUAUUUAAUUAUGUAAACAAAUCAAACUUCCUCUGAAUCUUCCGCUAACAGUCGAACCAAACAAUUUGUUAAAUCGAAUGACUGAACUUCUGAUUUGCAGUAUGAAUCCGCAAGUUGGAAUUAUUUGAUUUAUGUAACUUUGUUGAGUUGAUUAUUGAACGCAUUGGAUUGUAUUUGAAUUUAAGGGUCCGCUGACCCUUAAAACUUGGUCAAAGUCGUAACAUAGCAACCUUGAAGUGUCUUAAUCUUUCCCCAAAUAAUGAAAUUAGUAAAUCAUUAUUACUUCUUUUCAAGAAAGUAACUAAUUUGUAUAAAAGCAAAAUGAAAUUCUCUGUGGAGCUGAAAAAUAAAUGAAAAUGGUUUUUUCCCUUUUGAAAUAUUUAAAUAAGCACAAAAUUGAAUUAGGACCAUCUUUGGAUUUAAAAAAGUAUACUCAAGCUUAAAAAUAUGCGCUUUUGUUAUAAAAGUGUGUGUAUAUUUUUGAGUACAAGUCCUAAAAGUCUUUCCCAGUUACUCGAAUUAAGAACUUUGAAAAGUAAAUGAUAGGAUUAUGAAAAUUUACUUUGUGCAGAGUGCCCGAGUGUAUUUUCUUUACUUAGCGCAUGUUUAGAGAUAUUUUAGUAAAUUUUGACGUAACUUAGCGAUUGUUGAAAUGUUAUUUGGACUGGUAUGGUACUCUAGCUUUGCACAUAUCCUGUAACGCCAUAUCUACCUAAUGUUAAAUACUACAUAGUGACUUAUUGGUUUACUUUUAUAAUAUUUGCUCAAUUUCAAAAACAUUCCCUCGAGUAUUUUUUUAAUUUUUUAUAUCUGUUUCAUUAUAUUAAGUUUUAGGCCAGUUAAAUGUUCAAAGUAGAGAAAAAUGAAAGUAAUUGUACUAAAAGUCUUCUAUGUAAAGGGCCUUCAAUUGUUACUUUAGAUUUAAGGAUAUUUAUAGAAAAAUGUACUAAUUAGCUCAUAUUAUAAGACGAUGCCAUGUUAAUCAAUUAAUACAAUUAUACCGUAGCUAAGCACAUAAUAUAAAAAAGAAUGAUUUUAUUAAUUAAUUUUUACUUAUAUUAAGUUACAAAACAAAUGAUAAUGCGUUUUAGUAUUUUUCGUUUUAUAAUUUCUAGUGUUUUAUUGUAAAUACUUACUUAAUUACAAAGUUUUUUUUCAUUUACGUCUUUUAUUUAAUUACACCUUUUUAGAAUCAAGAGCACAUAGAUAGUUGUCAAUUGUAGACUACCUUAUACAUAGAAUUUAUUAUACCUUUCGUAUUAAAAUUGUAUAACACUGUCUCUACACUAGGAAAAAAUAUUAUGCCUAAUUGAUAAUAUAAAAUACUAUUAUCUUGUUAAAUACAAUAUUAAAAUCUAUUAUUUUUUAAUCAAAAUCAAAACUUCUUAGAAUUAAAUAGUGUAUGUUAUUAAGUGCUUACAUUUAAAGACAGCUGAAAGUUUGUGUUAAAAUAAAAGGACUGAUUUUUUUUAAAGAUUCAAUAUCACGAUUGUCCCAAAACUUAGUAAAUUGUUAAGUAUCUACUCUGUUUUUUUUUGUAAAUAUAGCGCAACGAAUAUGUUAGCAACUUUUUUGUGAUAUUGCUAUUACUAAAAUCUGUGUUAGCACACUUGUAUGUUACACAAUACACUAAAAUACAUGGUACGUAAGUAUAUUACAUUACAAUAGGUACAUUACACAUCCAACUACUGAAGAAGUCGGUUAAAAACAUAAAAAUUACAAAGUACAUUUUAAUGAAAAACAAUUAGGUUUUCGAUGGUUAUUGCUUCAUGUUGUAAACACUUGAGUGGGUUUCUAGUUUUAUUUAUAGGUACAUUAAUAAAGUGUAAUACCUACAAACAGUAUGUGUUAAGGCAUUACACUGUAAUUUGAAUUUUCUUAAUUCAAUCGUCAAAAUUCUCAAAGUGGUAAGGCAAAGAGGUCUCGCGGUAGGUAUUGCUCAUUUAUAAAAGCAGGAGAAUAGUGCAUCAUCUCAGGCAGGCUUGGGAAGUAAAAAUGAAGUCGCGUCAGUUGACAGUUCUAUCAUCUUUAAAAAGUGUUCCUUAAUUUUAAACUCAACUGUACCUUUUGUAACAAUACUAUAAAAAAUAUGGGUCACUAUAUCAGUGACUCUUAAUUUUGUUAGGUAAGCUAACUAACUCAUUUGUGUAGAUUAUGUAGCACAAAGAUUUUUACUAAAUAAUUAGAGGUGUUCAAAACACUAAUUAAAUAAGAAUAUAAAAAAUAACUGACUACGUAAUUGCUUGUUCACUGCUUUUCUUCAUUAAAAAAAUAUAAACUGAAAAUCUCAAUCUUAUGUGCAGUGUAGGUAAGUCCUAAAUUCACAAUUCAAUAAAAAGCUAGUUAUAUAAUUUUGUAAAAUAAGGUCAACAAAUCAGAACUACACAACUGUGCAUUUGUCAAAGUAAAAUGUUUUCAUAAUUUGCAUUGAAAAGUUAUAAGGCCAAGAAAAUUAAUUAAAACAGUUCUAAAACUCUUAAUUGAAAUUAAGAAACCGAUUGUUGGAAAGACGAAACACAAAAUAUUGACUUCACCAUACUCAUGAGGGCGUUCAUUAGAGUUUCGUAUAACUUUUAUUAGAAAAGAAACAUGAUAUAUUCUUACACAUACAAAUCAAUAUUAUUAUGUUUACAAAAACAUUUUCGUACACAGGUUUAAUAGAAUUAGGUAGGUACAAUGAAAAGUAGGCGUCCAUAUACAUUUAUACCUAAUCAUUUAUAUUUACAUUUACUUAACUAUUUCUUAAAUCAUUACCUAAGUUAACUAAAAUUUUAAGUUUGCAUUUGAAUCUGCACCAAUCGCGUAUAGUAAUUAAAGAAUUCACUUUAUCUAUGUUUUUACGGUUUCGUAUUUGAUUUGAAAUUUAUUUUGGUUAGUAGAUUUCGAACUUACUAAACUGAGUUGUGCCUACAGGGAAUAUUGUCCGUACUGUUUUAUAUUAUUAAAUCCUAUCCUUGUACAUUUUAGUGCGUAUGAUGUUCACAUCUGGAAAUAAAUGCUAAAUCAAGUGUU